UCCUAUUAUCAACUGUUGAUUGUUCCCGUUCCGAAACAAAGAGAUGUGAAAAUACCCGCAGAACAUUCCAUUGAAAAACUCCACCCAACGCGAUGCAUUCCGCCCAGGCGCAAGCCCAGGUCCGGGACAAGAUCUUCAAGAGCUGGUCGGGUAUCAGCGAGGUGACCAUCAUCAAGGAGGUGGCCACCAAGGGCGAGCACAUCGCCCUGUGCAUGGAGUUCUGGGCGAAAAAGCGAAAAAUUCCCACCUCUGAGUAUUGUCACAUCUUUUAUGACGUCGUCCAGGCCUAUGUGCAGCGGCUGCUCUCGGAGCGAUUGGUGUGCAAGGCGGAGGACGUGAUCCGCAAUGUAGACCGGGACGUCAAGUGCUUCUUCUUCCAGUUCGCCUGCGAGUGCCAGGACGAGGAAUUGAGUGAGUUCGUCCUGGAUCAUCUGCGCAACCGGGAGCCACUGAUGUACGAACAAGAGGAGCCCGUCCUGGCCUAUCACUGGUCGCUGGUACAGCAGCUAAGGGAGUGCGACUCUUUGUUGGCCAAGCACAGGGUGCAGCUGCCCCGCGUCAACAUAGAAGCCUUAAUGACCCUGCCGGAGGAGGCACUGCAACUGUUACUCGUGGAGCUAUAUUUUGCCAACGGCAAUGAAUCUCUGUUGGGAUCCCUUUCCAAGGAAAUGGUCUGGCAGCAUCUGGUGGAUAGCAACCAGCUGGAAAAGCUGCAGCGAUGGUGUCGCUUCCAGGAGACAGCUGUGGAUGCCCAAGAAGCGCUCUCGCCCUUGGAGCAGGGAUUUGCGGCCUGGAAAAUAGAUGCCACCAUGUACGAGUAUGCCUUGGAGCAGCUGCAGCAGCCCAGCGAGGUGCUUCGUAACUUCUUUGCCCGUGCUGGUUACUUCUUUAGGGACGAGUCCAACGAUAUUCCCGCCCAGCUGCGACGCUUGUGCACCAUGCAAUGCCUGGACAAACAUGCGGAUCUCUUGAGCCGCCAGCCCCUGGCUAAAUAUCUUUUGGAUCGUGGCCUCCACUCACUGCUCCUCAUGGACUGUGUGCCCGUUGCCUCGCUGGAGCAGCUGGCGGGCAGUGAGACGCAUCAGGAGGCGUUGCUCAACCUGAUUGUGGACCUCAAAACGAAUUCUUUGGCUGAAAACGAGGGUUUUGAGUUGAUCUCUAAGAGCGUUCAGACAUACCUGGAGAAAACCCACGAUUUGGCUGAUUCUUUUCAGGGACAUCCCCUGCUUACCUUCUACGACUUUCUGGGCCAGGAGCCAAGUGUGCGUUCCCUAGAGGGAUUCCUCACUUCGACCAGCUUGGGACGGGUCCCUUAUCUCAAAUCGUUGACAACUCGCUUCGAUCACGGACCAACGAGUGGCAGUUCCGGCCUGCCCACGGCCCACGAUCUCUUCCUGAAGUUCAAACACAUAAAUUUGCCACUCCUGGGCGCCGCUGGACAUGGUGAGCUUGUCAGCUUCUCGAAUCCCCGCCUGUGCCAACGGUAUGCACGAAAAUCUCAACUCAAUUACACUCACUAUCUGAAGCAGCAGAGGAGUGCCUAUGCGGUGUAUUACCUGAUCACAGAGCAACUGCAGCUGUAUGGACAGAUCACCAAGACGCAGCUCUUCCAUGCCUGCGAAACGGUCACCCAGAUGGCGCUCCAAUACGCUGGCGACGAGGAACUAGUGACCCAUUGUGUGGCCUGCUGUGAAAUGCUGGGAUUCGAUACGCAACCUCUGCGAAGUUUUCUGUUGCUGCAGAAGAAGAUGCCAAAGCGAAGGGAGGGAGGCGGAGGCAGUUACUCGGAUUUGUUGGCUGAAUGGGAUCGCGAUUUGGUUCAGCAGUUGGAGGCGAAUCCCAAGGAGUUUCCCCUGGAACUCUACCAGGCUCUGAUGCGUCUGGCUGUGCGGGAUACGCCUGGAAGACUGCCAGUGGCUUUGCUCGAAUAUUAUGCCUCCAAGAACGACUGGUGGCACCUGUUGCUGCUAUUCCAGUACUUUGAUCUUCCCCUGAGUGAGCUUAAAAAGCUCCUGCCGCACUUCAAGUCUUCUCCCCUGGGUGUCCAUCUGCUGCGUGCUUUGAGCUAUGAAUCCAUUGGAGAUCGCCAGCACAAGAGGAACUUCCAGAGGCCGGCGCGUCGCAGCGGAGAGGCCCAGCCCCAGACAAACUCCUCUCAAGAGACGAUGACCAACUCUUCACACAGUUCCAAUCAAGACACUAGCAUGCAACAGCUUCAGAGGAAUACGGAUCAGUCGCUUUGCACCUUGCUCACGCACACCGCUCGCCAGGACCUGUUUGCCAUUAUCCUAUGCAGCACCAACAAUCUGCCGGAUGAGGCCAUUACCACCAUGGCACAGUUUCUGGACAUGAUGCUGGGCAGUGCUCCUCCGCAUUGCAGUAGCAUCAAUCUCUUGAGGCACUGCAUCCGACAGGAACAGCCUGUCUUGGCCGUGCUAGCAGCUACACUAAGCGAACAGAAUCGCGAAUGGUGCUGGCUCGUUUGGCUGGCGGUGGCCAGCAAUCAGUGGAAUCACCUGCUGCAGGAGGCCACCACCUUUAAGGCGCGGGAGGAGAAUCGACUGGAGUGGGUGUGGUCGAUCAUCCGAGGAGCUGUAGCUGGGGGUCAGGUGAAUGCCCUGCUGCAUAGCCUGGAAAUCUUUCAGCCGGACUGCAAAUUCACGCAUCUGUGCCGCUUCCUUCAGCUGACUGCCCAGCAGGAGGACUUUAGCGAUGCCACCAUCGUGGAGCUGCGUCAGUUCUUCUGCAGCUGGAGCCAGGAUGCAGUGACUCUGCCUCUGUGUGGCUCUCUGCCCCGCAAACAAGCGAUGCAACGCUCCAUCGGUCUGCUGAUCAUCCAACUGCAGUCCAACUUUGAUUGCAUCCUGCAGCAGCAGCGAUUCCUGGACUGCAUCUGUCGCUCGGAUGUGGGAGACAUAUGCGACUUGCUGGAUUUCUGUCUGCUGCACAAAGUCUUUGGUGUGGCAGCCACCUGGCUGAGGGAACUGGACAUCAAUCUAGAGCAGCUGGUUAAGAGGGAUAGCUCGGAGUACAGGCGACUGGUGGACGCUCUCACCGAAGCUCGAGCCUACGAGGAAGCUCUCCAGCUUGCCACCUUGCUGCAGCUGCCACUGAGCGAUAUAGUCUAUGGCAAGUGGCUGGCCGAGCUCGAAGGAGGCGUAUUGCGACCCCAUCAGGAAUACGAAAGGGAGAUCCAGCAACAUGCGCUGCCACCCGCCAUUCUGGUGAACUUUCUGCUGCAGGCAGCAUCCUCCGCUGGACAAGUGGGCCUCCGGCGCUACGAGCUACUCCAGAGCGCGCUGGGCGUAAUCAAGCAGCAUCAUUUGUUUCCCAAUGAAUCCUUUGACCGAGAUCAGAUAGAGUACGAUAUGGUUCUGUGCUAUCUGCAGUUGCCUGAGGAUCAGCUCGCCCAGCUCACCAUUUACCACUCGGAAUACUAUGAACAAAUCAUGCUGCAGGAACGCUGUGUCCUCUACAAAUCCUUUUCUGAACUCAAGGAACUGGCUGGGAUCGAUGACCUCAGCAUAUCUGGAAAGACCCCAUUAACUUCGGAUAUGGAAACCCGACUGGACGCACUUUUAAACACUCUGCUGGACAAGGGCGACAUUGUGGAAGCCUUGCGUCUUCAAGAACUCUUCGAGUUUCGCCCGAAUGACCUGCGGUUUAUUGUAUUCGCCAUGGCCUUGGCCGAGGGAAUGACCAGCAUCAGCAAUCUUUCCAGCAAGGAGCGCCAGCUGCUCGGAGAGAUCGAGAAGAGUGCGUUUCCCAAGUUCAAUCGAAUUACGCUCAACCAGAAUGUGAUGACACGCUGGGGCAGUGAUCUCUCCGACACCUGCUCAGACAGUGUGGCCUUGGAGUUCGAGGAGAUACCAUCCAAGGAGAAGCAGCAGACGCUGGACACCUUGCUGGGCAUUGGAUCCAAGUUGAAGUACGGGGUGGAGCUGGGCAGACGCAUUGUGCUGGCCUACAGGGCGGCUAUGUAUCUGGACAAGGAGUAUUUGGAUGUGCUGCGAACCAAGGAUGCCGGUGUUUUGCUGAAAAGCGCCGCUGGAGAGGAUUGCCUGCAGCGCCUGCUGGUGGUCAGUGAUAUACAGAUAUCUACAAGGAUGACGCCAAAAGAGAUUGCUGAGAGUUUGGCCCUGGAGCUGACCACUUGCAUCGUCCGUCCGCGCUUUUAUAUCUUCAAUGCCAAAGACCAGCCAAGGAAUGCCUUGAGGAACUCCGACCUCUGGGGCCACAGCAUCGAUCGGGAUUUCCACUUGUUCCUAGAACUUGCUCCCAACACCACCAUCUUGGGUAAUUGCCUGCUCGAGUACUGUGAUGCCUUGAAGGCCUACCGUCGCUACCAGAAUGGCCAGAUGUUCGAGGAAACGGAAGCCUUUGAGCGUCUCUCGGGUAUUAUCACACAGUAUGGCCUGCCGACUCCCCCGCCAUCUGGAACCAUGACCGGGAUACCCCAAGUCUUGUCCCACAAAAAGCAAAAUCAAAUCUACGUGGAGCUGUUGAUUAAGGCUCACCUGUGCUUUGUCCACGAGUGCUCCAUGGAGGGAAUCGUGAGUGUGCUUCAGAAGGCGAAGGCACUCAAUGGGCAACUGGCCAAGGCGAAAUCCUGGUCACUGAUUGUCCGGAUGUUGAUCGGGAUAGCACGCUACCGGGAGAUGUUCUACUGCUUCGAUGCGCUGAUUGAUAACGAGCAGUUCGAGUCGCUGCUGGGACAGUUCGAUGAGGACCAAAAGAGCGGACUGCGACAGGCCAUCCUCAGCUACAUAAAGGAAUACCAACCGCAGAAUGGCAAGGAGCUACUGCGCCUGGCAGCCCUGCACUUUUUAAUGUACAAGGAACUGGCAGAGAUGUGGACCGAGGAAGCCCAGGAUAUUGUUAACAAAAUCCAGAGCAUGGCCGAGCAGUCCAAUAAGUUGAGAUGCUCAGCGCAGGUGCAGACCCUCUUGCAGCAGGCUUUGGAGAACUACACCCAUGCCACUGAGAACUAUUUGCUGGACAACAAGCUCCUCCUGGCCCAGCAGAGUGUGUCUCGGGCGGAGUUGAUGGCCAUGCAGCUGGAUCUCUGCAACAAGGCCUUGGAGAAGCGGCACAACAAUAAUGCCAACCUGCUGUGUGUAAGCGUGAUUGGGGUACGAACGAGGGAGCAAUUUCGGGAAUUAGUAAAUACGCAUCUCAGUGUCCCACAAACUCUUAUCCUGAGCCGCGCCUAUAACUAUGAUGUCAACUGGAGCGAGGCCCUCUUGUCUCAGUUUGUUCUCCUUCAAGUAAGCAACUAUCUGCAGGAGUACCUCUGUCACCAGCGCAUCAACGACGAUGUGAUCGAACAGGCAGUUAAGGGUUACCUGCUGCACGCUCAGAGUAAUGCCACAAAUGCAAAACAGGAGGAGUCACUGGCCCAGCUGGUGGAACUGAUCAAAUCGGUGAUCCUCAAGUAUAAGCUGGCUUCCAUUUUGGGGCUCAAGCCCAUCGUGAUGUCCCUGAUCAACGAUUCGCCGGUUCACUAUCUGCGCGACACGAACUUUGGUCGCAGCGAAUUCCACACGUCCGGGGACACGUGACAUAGUAUAUACCAUUGUGAUUUUAAUCUGUCUUUAUACAACAACAUAAGCACUGAAUACGUUAUUAAAAAUAUACUCUUAAAAAUA